CCGGUAUACACGACAGUGUGCAAACUCACCGCACCGUAUUUUCUUUGUUUGUUUUAUUUUAUUCGUCUGCGGUGGUCUGCGCUGAGUUUAUCUACGUUGGCGAACGCUCGAGUAGCGUAUUCUGAACGCAGUUCGCCGUACUGACAGUCUUGCUCCGCUCGUCUUGGUGGUUUCCGAAGGGAAACUGGUUGUUUUUCAUGUGAUAAGUGAAAGUUUUGAACUAUUUUCCUGGUUUUCGAGUUGGCUUUUAUAACUAUAGGCUUCAGAGUGUAGAAGUUCAGAAUUACUAGAGCGAUUUGUAUCAUCUGUAGAUAGUAGUAGUACCUGCGGGUUCGGACAUGGUACCGGUACCUAUCCGCCCAUGGUAAUUAAUUUUGUGCUGGGUAGUGUGUUCUUAUGGUUUACCACAAUCUGACAAUAUCGUUAGACUACAGGUAUUCAAAUCAUCGAGCUUUCACCAAUUUGGAUUUUUUUCAGCAAUUGAAUAGGUGCGGUAGUCAGUUUUAAUUUAAUAUGGAGGAAAAACUCAUUGCUCUAGUUGAGGAAUAUCCUUGCCUGUAUAAUACCACACAGGACUCGUACCGCCGAAAGGAUUUCAAAGGCAAUGCUUGGGCAGAGAUAGCUCGAGAGAUGGGUAUGCCAUUACAACAUCAAACCUGCCAAUGCCGGAUACACCAUCUUCGAGUGAUGUUGAUGUUACAUUGGAAGCGGUAUCAGCAGAUGAAACAGACCAAUUUCAACCACCUGUGGCAGAAAAGCGUAAAAGCAGCCGGGAUGACCUCAGUGCUGUGUUAGAAAAAUUGCAGCAGUCAUCAGAGAAAAUACAGGAAGAUCCUGAUGAACUCUUCUUGUUGAGCAUGGCUCACGAGGUUAAGACGAUGAGUGUAGAAAAAAGAUGGAGGUUCAAAGUUGGAGUCAUGAAUCUCAUUAAUGAAAUUAAAUACUCUAUUGAAUAAACUAUUGAUAUUACCUAAAUAUAAAUUUUCCUGAAUAUUUUUUUUGUUUUAAAUCUUGCCAACUAGAUAUCAUUGCUCAGUAGCUUUCGUACAUCCCUGUAAGUGCUAACCCAAUAGUGUACCUAAAAUGUCAACCAGUCUGGUGAUUUACCCUCGUAGUUGCUAUUAUCUCCACUGCGGC